AUGUGGCAUCAGAUAAUGACGUUGUAUUCUCUAGUAUUUCUAACCAAUAUUAGACCAGAAACGGAUGCAUCCGAAAUUACAAUUUUAUCCCCCAAAGAAGCAGAAAUUCUACGAGAAAGGAUAAAAAAAGACUGUGAAUUAAAUCGAACAUUAGAUGAAAAAUCUCGCAUCUAUUCUCCAGUAGAAUACUGUCUUACAGAAUUUGAUUCAGUUUCAUGUUGGCCACCUACAAAAGGUGGAACAGUUGCUAAACUAUCCUGUCCUUCACAUGUGCCAGGAGUAAAAGUUACCGGUUUCGCUUAUCGUGCAUGUAAUUUAACUAAUAAACUUGAAGAUACCAAUGGACAGUACAUGAAUGUUUGGAAAUUUGACCGAUCAAACUAUAGUGAUUGUGUACAUAAAGAGGAUAUCAUGGCUAUUCACUUACCAAUCAUUCAAACAUCUGUAUUCUACGGAUAUGCCAUAUCAAUGGUCUUACUACUAAUCGCCACAGGAAUUAUACUACGGUUUCGGCGGCUCAGAUGUACACGGAAUAAUUUACAUUUGAACUUAUUCAGUGCAAUUUUACUACGAUGUAUAUUACAUUUUAUAAAGCAUGCAGGGGAUGGUCAAGGAAUUAUUUGCAAAGUAUUUACAACUCUUCAUGUUUUCACCAUUGAAGCAACCUAUUCUUGGGUUCUUAUGGAAGCUCUUUAUCUGCAUAACAGUAUUUUAGUUCAUGUAAUGCAUGAAAGUAGAACAUCAUUUUUUGUUUAUGCUUCCAUUGGAUGGACCCUUCCAAUUCUAGUAAUAAUUGCAUGGAUUUGCUAA